AUGUUUGGAAUAGCUCCCCUUUGCGAAUAUUUACUUUUAAAUGGUGCAAAAAUCAAUGAUAAAGAUGAUUACGGAUUAACCGCUCUUCAUUAUGCAGGAAAAUAUAAUAAUAAAGAAACAGCAGAACUUCUUAUUUCACGUCGUGCAAAAAUCAAUGAAAAAGAUAAAGAUAAAAAACCGCUCUUCAUUAUGCUGCAGAACACAAUAAUAAAGAAACAGCCGAAUUUCUUAUUUUACUUGGUGCAAAAAUCAAUGAAAAAGAUAAUUAUGGUGAAACCGCUCUUCAUUAUGCGGCAAAGUACAAUCAUAAAGAAACAGCAGACCUCCUUAUUUCACAUGGUGCAAAAAUCAAUGAAAAAGAUAGAUUUGGUGAAACCGCUCUUCAUUAUUCGGCAAAGUACAAUAAAAAAGAAACAGCCGAAUUUCUUAUUUCACUUGGUGCAAAUAUCAAUGAAAAAGAUAGUUAUGGUUUAA